AUGUUCGGAUAAAAAGCAUACGUUGUAUAUAAUCAUCGAUGUUCGUAAUUGCUCCGAGGAAUGCCUUCACACUUUUCUUCAAACACUGCGACAAUCAGCAUCAUGGCUCGAGGGUACGAUUGAUUGCAUAUUAUGGGUUAUCGGGUCCUCUUUGCGCAAUAUUGAAACUAUCAUCAAUGAAGAUCUCAUUUUAUCACGAGCUAAAAAUAUCGUGGCCGAUAUUGAGGGUAUUACAAAAUAUAUUGAAGCGGGCAGUUUUUCGACAUAUUUAAAUGGCUUAAUCGACCCAGAGAUUACACGGCAUUUUCUCCGCAUGCGAUUGUGUGUGGAAGAUUUGUUGAAAAAAACACACAAAGCAGCAAAACUUUUCAUGAACUUACAUGAAUAUCUAAAGCAGUUUGCAAUACCGCAAGAUCUCACAAUGGUCAGUACUGAUUUAUUGCGACGACAAUCUGAAGAAUUAAACAGUCGAUGGAAUGCUGUGAAAAAUGAACCAGAUGUGGUAUUUUUGUUGCAUCGCGGAGAAGUACUGUGCGAAGAGCUGAAAACACAAUAUUGCGAUCUUCACCAUCUUGAUUCUUACCUCUUCGCUGAUUCCGUAAACCGUUCAGUAUCAGGCUUCGAAGAAGUUAAAGUAGUCAUGCAGAGAAGUAGUUCAAGCAUAUCGAAACGGUUGUAUGCUCUUCAAUGUUCAGUAGAAGCGGUCGAAUUUUUGAAAUAUGUUCCAGAGGUGAUGGAUUUUAUCAAUAAUGAAAUGAAUGAUUUGGAACAGCUGAAAAUAAUCAGGAUAUUCAGUGUUGUAAGGCUGACUUCCCAGAUUAAGCAAGUGGACAACAAAACCACAGAACUGACAAAAUACCUGGAUGAGGCUGAUAGCCGUCUGAAGAAAGCAGUACAUUUGCCAGAAGAAGGCUCAUUUGGAAAUGAAGAUCGGAAAAGAAUCACUGAUACGUUUGAUUCGUUCAGCUCCUUCCUAGCAUCUUGCAAACAACGUGUUAUGGAAGUACGACCUGUUGUUCAAUCUGCGCUUGAUUCCCGUAUUCACAUUGAUCAGGUAUAUAAUUGGGCUUUGCUUCACGCUAAAAGAAGUGAUGAUGAAAAGGAGAAGGAAAUGUUAAUUUCGAAAUAUCCAUUCAUUGCUAUUGCUCGUCUUCACGAGUAUGUUGCUGUUAGUUCGACUGACUGCGUAGUUCGACAGGAAAUCGAAAAAUUACUUUCGGACUGUGAAAAAGCCAUCAUGAGUUUGGAUCCUUCACUCAAGAUUUCCGAUCUACGUUGCCAGAUGAGCGCUAGCUCAAGUCAAGAAAGUGCCGAUGGUACUGCGAGUCAAGAAGUUGGCGCUGUUGAUUCAUGCUUUAGUGGAGAGGCUGACUGCUCCAUCAUUGAUUUGUCUUUACCAAAAAGUCGCUGCUCUGAUUUAUCGGAUUCAGUAUCCGAUACACCAAUGGAGGUAUAUUCGGAUGUGGAGGAAAGUUUUACUGUAGAUUUGCGGAAUGAUUUGGAUACAACUGAACAUUCUCGGCAUCAGACAAGCCCAGCACCAACACAGUAUGAAAUUCCAAUUUCAAAAGCAACUAUUUCUACGGAACAUCAACAGCCGGGACUAACGGAGCUGGAAGAAGUUCGAUGGCGUCGCAAUUCAUGGGCACCAUCUGCACAUACCGGUCCAUUGGAAAUCAUCGAGGAAUCUGCAAUCGGAGCUGCACCCGUUACUCUUAAUAUGACGAAUAAAGUGAUUGCAUCAAUGUCGACAAACACCUUACAUAAAAGGUUGGACCAGCGUCGUUCCGUCAGCACUGUUCCAUUACGUCUGCCAAAUCCAUUCCUGAUAAACGGAGCUGCCCGACCCGGAUCAGCGCGAUUUGUUGUAUCCCAGAAAUCACGACGUCCACUGAUGAGAACCUCUAGUAGUGAUUUUUUGGAGGAGGACUGUCGGUCAGCUUUAAGUGCUUUCCAGUUUCUAGAUGAUGAUUUUUGCAGUGUAAGCGAAUCACCUCAACCAGCUACCGCAUCAGCAUUCUCAGCUCUGGAUUUCUCUAUGCGUUCCGAGCAAAUAGAUAUGAUUCGAGAUUGGCUAAGUCCGGCGAAAACAAGUGAUGCGAAUUUCAGAAUUGAGUGCACUGUUGUACGAGAUUUGUUAGAUUCGGAAAUCGAUUAUGUCAGUGCUUUAAGACUUGUGGUUCAGGAUUUUAUGCCUGAAAUGGUUCGAGUUGAUAUCCCAAGUGCACUUCGUGGCAAGAAAUCAUGUAUUUUUGGAAAUAUCGAAAAGCUUUUCCAGUUUCAUGCCCAUUCAUUUUUGCCUCAGCUUAUUUCACGGUUGAGGUUUCGUUGUGCGGAUGAAUCAGUUUCAAUGACAAUUGGACGAUUGUUUCUGGACAAUCUCAACUAUUUUGAAUUGUAUUCAUUGUACGCAAAAAAUAAACCCAAAUCUGAUCAAUUAAUGCGUGAAGCUGGACAUAAGUUUUUUAGUUCUGUGCAGAGUAUGGCUGACUUAUCACAUUUAUUGAUUAAACCGAUUGAAAGGAUAGGUAAAUAUGCGCUUGCACUUCAGCAACUUCUCAAUGCUGCACCGCCAAACAAACUGGAAGUUUUGGAAGUGUUGGAAAAAGUGGCUAUGAUAGUUGGACAGCAAAUUCGCCGUGGUAGUGAUCUGUUAGCAAUGGAGCGAAUAAGUAGUUGCGAUUUGAAUCUUAAAGAGCAAGGAAGUUUGUUACGGCAUGAUACGAUGUAUGUUACUGAAAAACGUGGCUUACAAUCUAAGAAACGUGUGCGAAGUGUGUUCCUGUUCGAGAAUUGCGUUGUCCUUACAAAGCCGAAAUUAUCACGGUCAUGGAGAGGAAGCACAUUUGACGAGCUGAAAUAUAAAGGCAGUAUACAGAUGACUGAUUGCGGCUUGACGGAAAUGGUAAAAGACUCGAAAGUUAAAUUUGAAUUAUGGUUUCGAAAGCAGAAAAACUCGUUUACAUAUGUAAUGGAGACACAUACAGCAAGCAUUCGUGAUGCUUGGGUUGAAGACAUCCGUAACAUCCUUUGGGAUCAAGCCAUUCGAAGUCGUGAGAAGAAUAUCCGCGAAAAAAGCAAAUAUGGGCCUUGAGUUGUAUUCCUCAUAUAUUCAUUUAGGACCACGUGCUACGCUUAGUGGGUUGCGUGACUUUGGUUUUGUGGAAGGUACUCGACGACCAUGCUCACUGAUAUCAUUAACAGCUUCAUCAUGCUCAAGCUCGAAUAAUUUAGGACGAGUGCAAGGAAGAGGUACAUGCGAAAUUGGUGGUGAUCUUUGUCGGGUGGACGAAGGUGACGAAUGGGAAAGUAUGCACGAAUCCAGUCCAACAGUCAAGUAUGCGGAAAGCACACUUCCACGUUUCCGAGCUCCACCACCGCCAGGUCUGAAUCAGUAAUAAUAAAAAUGUCAACCAAUGUAUCGUCAAAGGUAAUUGGUUUGACAUUGGUGCUGUAAUUAUUUUAUCCCAUAUUUUAUCAACUUUUCAUAUGCAUAGUGAUGUUGUUCUGUUGUUUGUGUGAAAUUCAGUCAUUUAGACAGUCACUCUCGAUCUUUUUUACUCUAUGAAUGCUGUCUAUAUGUGUGAUGCGUCAUCAUACCAUGCUCAUUAUCCAAGACUAGAUUAUAGUCCUCCCGCAGGAUCAAAUACUGCAUAAACUUUAAAAGCAUUUCUUCGGCAGGUCGUCGUUGAAUAAACGUUAUGUCCUCAUUUCCCUAGUUAAACAAUUUACAGCUCAGUUGCAAAGUUUGACAAAUACACAGCUGAACUGAUCAAAUUUC